CAUGUCGGAGAAACGAAUGUUCAUCACCUUGUUUUCAUCCGGAUGCCAGCAAUCAACCCCUGUAAACCUGCAGAUGGAGCCCUCUGUUUUGUUGCUGAAGUCCCACAUAGCAUUGAGGUAACCCGUAACCGUAUGGGACUUCCAGUUUUUCCACUGAUCCAGAGCUCUCAACUUAUGCAUCAUUUGGAAGAAGGGGCUUUAGCAAUGACUAUUAUUAAAGAUGGAAAGGAAGUGCUGAAUCCAGACUAUGAGCUCUUGGUGAAUAAUGAUGGGCUACUCACUAGUUGGUUACUUGGAACUAUGAAUGAAGAAGCGUUGAGCCUUGUUGUUGGUUGUCAUACAGCUUUGAAGUGCUGGUACAGAUUCAACCAUGCAUACCAGAGUGAAGAACUGUCACAAGCUCUUGCAACAAUAAACCUGAUGAAAGAUAAGGAUCCAAAUGUUUGUGUUGACACUGGGUCUUUAGACCACAUGACUUCAGACAAAGAUAGUGAACUUUGCAAAUAUCCUGAUGGAGAUGAAUGGAUCCACGCUUCCUUACAUCUACAACCCUCUCGGCAAUUAGAUGAUAGCAUGCUCACAAAUCCACGAGUUCCCACUAUCAUUGUUGAGAAGGAGAAUAGUUCUUGCACCAAUAGCUUAAUAGAACAAUCUCUUGAGGCAUCCAGUGCAACUUCUUCAGAGGCGACAGAUAGAAAUCAACAAAUUGCAAAGCUUGUCAUAUCUACUUCAAGUUCAACUCAUGUCAGAGUAGACCCACCACCUCAUAAUGCCACUUCAAUCUCUCAUCAUCCUAUGAUGACUAGAACUCGAACAGGAACCCAUACAAGACAUGUAGAAACUAUUUUUCCCAAGCACGCUAACAUUAUGACUAAUAAUAAAUCUUUCCUGAAUACUGCAGAAUUGGAUGCUUUGCACAAGAAUGAAAUGUGGAAAUUGGUUCCACCACCUUCACCAUCAACAAACAAUGUCGGCUUCAAACGAGUAUUUAAAACUGAACUCCACCCAGAUGGUAGCCUAAACAGAUUCAAGGCUUGCCUAGUAGUUAAAGGAUACUCUCAGAUGCCAAGAGUAGACUACGAUGAGACUUUCAGUCCUGUUCUCAAAUCAACCACACUUCGCUUGGUUAUUGCAUUGGCAACCAUACUUGCUUGGCCUUUCAAACAAUUAGCUGUGAACGAUGAAUUUCUUCAUGGAAAACUUAAAGAAAUAGUCUAUAUGACACAACCACCAGGCUUCGAAGACCCAAAGCAUCCUAAUUAUGUUUGUCAACUUAACCAAUCCAUCUAUGGCCUCAAACAAGCACCAAGGGCAUGGAAUCUUGUUGCAAAAAAAAUUGAUCAUCUUAUGAGCACGUUUGCACUCAAAGAUCUUGGAACACUCAAUUAUUUCCUUAGUAUCGAGGUCAUCAAGUUUAAUGGGAGAAUUUUCUUAUCUCAAGCAAAGUAUGCAACUGAUCUCCUCACUCGAACUGCCAUGCUUGAAGCCUCCAUUAUAUCAACACCAUUGGCUGUCAAGGAAAACACCACUUCAAGGGAUACAAAGCUUAUUGAUGCAAAGGAAUACAGGAAAAUUGUUGAUGCUCUGCAAUAUCUAACUAUCACUCGGGUUGACAUUUGUCAUGCCAUUAACAAAGAGAAAGUGGUGAUUGGUACCUUGGUGACAAGAUAUAUCUCUAGCAUUAACCAACUUGUAGAUAUACUUACAAAGCCAAAGCCUUACGCACAGUUUAAGUUGUUAAGAUUCAAACUGGGUGUGGUUGCCUCACCCCACUACAGUAUGAGGGGGAGUAUAAAGGCAAAGGAAAAAUCACAAAAGUUUGACACAAGUGAGAAAGGUAUCUCAAUGUCUCAGCAUAUAUGGAAACAAUUAUAGUGAAUCAGCUGAAAUCAAAGAAUGAUACAGGGAGCAACGGUCAAAUUAUACAACAUUAAUAUUCCUCAAUGUUAGGCAUAACUAUAGGAUCUGCAUUCACUUUUGUAAAUAUAAAUUCACAUAUGUACAGUGUAUUUUUCUCAUCCUGAAUACAAGUUUAGUAUUCUU